AUGGCCUUGAAUAAUGAAUUUAACACAACGUUGCCCUUCAUCGGAUCCCACGAGCCCGCCGGAGUCAUCGAAGAGGUAGGCUCGGAGGUUACGGGCUUCCAGCGAGGUGAUAGAGUGGGUUGUAUCAAUUUCGAUAGCGUCUGUGGCAAAUGCGCGGAUUGUAAAGCGGGUCUCCCGAUCUACUGCGAAGCGCCUCUAAUGAAAGGUAUUACGACAGAUGGCGGCUGGGCAGAGUAUAUGGUUGCUAUCUAUGGAGGGAUUGUUCGUGCGGACGUCCCCGAGGGCGGGUCGAUUGGGAUUGUUGGGAUCGGUGGAUUGGACCAUCUUGGGACACAGGUUGCGAAGUGCAUGGGCUACAAGGUGGCGGCAAUCGACGUGAAGCAGUCCGCUCUAGAUGCAGUAGCAUCUUAUGAGCAUAGCCCCGACGUUUUGAUUCUGGCUACGGAUCCAGUUGAGAAGUCCCUGGACAAGAUCAACGGGAUGAUUUCCUCGGAUUACCCCGGGCUGGAUGCCACCGUGCUUGCGACGGAUCAUCCAGCUGCGUUUGAGCUGGCGGCGGCUCUGACCAGGAAACAUGGAACCAUGGUGCUUUUGGGUCAGCCUGAGAAGGGGAUUACCAUGUCUUAUCAGACGGUCAUCUAUAAGGAUAUCAAGCUGGUUGGCUCUUUGGUGGCUGAUACUGCGCAGGCGCAGGAGCUGGUCGAGUUGUUCCAUCGGAAUAGGCUUCAUGUUGAGAUCACGGAGUGGAAGAUGGAGGAAGCUGAGCAGAUGAGGCAGUGCCGCGGCGAUCGGCAUUGGCUCGGCAUCUCCGCCCAGUCACAAAAAAGGGCUGUCACAAAACAUCCGUCGGCUCUUUUCCUUUCUCUUCUCCAUACAACCCCUUUGCUCGGUUUAUUCAAUUCUCAGACCUCUCGUCGGAAACGAUUACGGGCCGACUACAAUCGCCUACGCAUUCCCUCCCAAGUCAUCACUGCUUCUCUUCCCCUCCCCCGCCUUUUCGGAAUCAUGUCCACCCCAUCGGCCUCGCCCGUUAAUGCGGGUGAUCCCCAACAGAACGAGUCUGCGCCCGUUACCACUUCAGCAGAAAAUGUAAACACGGCGGCGGCGACGACGACCGCAGCGGCUGUCCCAGAAACCCCGGCACAAUCUGCAGACAAGCCACAAGCGCAGCCUCAGCAACCAAAACAAGCAAUUGAUGAUGAUGACGACGAUGAAUCGGACCUGGAUGAAUUGGACGAUAUGGCGAGCAUGAUGGGCCACGCUGCUAAGGAAUCUGGGGCAUCUGACGACAAGGGUUUCGAAGACACCAUCAACCAGGGCGCGGACGCCUUCACGAAGCAACUGGAGGAGAGCGGGAUUCCGCCCGGUGACUUCCUCAAGCAGCUUUUGGCGGAUGUGAUGGCUGAAGAAGAGGGUGGGGAUGCUAGCGCUGGAGCUGCUGCUGCGCCAUCGACUGGAAGUGCUGGGUCUUCGUCUGGUGGGGCUGGAGCUGGAGCACCGCCUGAGUCGUUCAAUGAUGCUAUUCAGCAGACGAUGAAUCGUAUGAAGGAUUCCGGAGAUAAAGCUACGGCUGCAGCGUCAGAAGAUGAUGGGGAUGAUAUGUUGGCGAAUCUGAUUAAGGCUCUUCAGACGACCGGCUUAGAUCCUGAUGAGGAAGACGGCGGUCUGAUGAAUGUGGUUGCGGCGAUGAUGGAGCAGCUGUCGAACAAAGAAAUGCUGUAUGAACCGAUGAAGGAGCUUGAUGCGAAGUUCGGGCCCUGGCUGGUGGAGAACAAGGGCAAGGAGAAGUUCUCCGAUGAGGAAAUGGAGCGGUUUGAGAAGCAGGCGACUAUUGCGUCGCAGAUUGUGGCCAAGUUUGAAGAGCCAGGUUACACAGAUGAAGACGCUAAGUGUCGCGAGUAUGUGUGGGGGAAGAUGCAGGAGAUGCAAGCUGCCGGAAGUCCACCGGAAGAACUCGUCGCGAACCCGUUUGGGCAAGACCUCAAAGGUCCCGGAGGUAUGCCGAUGCCGGAUUGUACCCAGCAAUAA